AUGUGUUUGGAAGACUUUUCCUCGCAAUUGGUUGAAAGACAUAAUCGGCCCGAAAUCGAGGUUGAUAACACCCACAAUCCGGAAUUGGUGUUAAAUCCAAUGGUGAUAGCCAGAAACGAGAACGAGAAGAUUCUCAUCGAACCAUCGGUCAAUUCGGUUAGAGUUUCUAUUAAAAUAAAGCAAGCUGAUGAAAUCGAACAAAUCUUGGUACACCAGUUUACCAGAUUUUUGACGUCAAGAGCAGAGAAUUUUUUCAUAUUACGGAGAGUUCCCAUUGCGGGCUACGAUAUCUCGUUCUUGAUCACCAACUUCCACACAGAACAGAUGUUGAAGGACAAAUUGGUGGACUUCAUUAUAGAGUUCAUGGAGGAGGUGGACAAGGAAAUCAGUGAAAUGAAGUUGUUUUUGAACGCUCGAGCCCGUGUGAUCGCCGAGGCUUACUUGACUCCCUUCGACUAG